AUAUUCGUAAUCAUAUUUUGCGCACCAAAGCAACGAAGGAAACAUUUACUAACGGAACGUAGUAGUGCCACGUUACACAAUGAAGUUUUCAUGCAUUCAGCUUUUUUUAGUAAUUGUAUCGAGCGAAGUCAUCAGCGAGAAUAAACGUCUUCUACUUCAUGAUCCAGUAUCCAUUGCAGAAGCCAUACAUCAACUUCGAACUGAGAUUGGGGAGCUUAAUACAACUAUAGCUCAACUGAAGGCUUCCCAUGCGAAAGAUAUCACUGAAAUGAAGGCUAAACAUGAUCAGGAGGUGGGACAAUUAGAUGCUUUAUAUUCUCAAGAAGUUGCCAACUUGAAGGCAACAGAGUCUCAGGACGUUACUCAGUUGAAUGCCACACAUUAUAAGGAUGUUGCUCAAUUAAAUGCCAAACAUUUCCAGGAUGUUGCUCAGUUGAAUGUCACACAUUAUCAGAAUGUUGCCCAACUAAAAGCUGAACACGCAAAAGAAGUAGCAGAUCUUAAAGCUGGUUUGAAUGCUGAGAAACUUGAAAGAUGUCGAACUGGGUCAAUAACUUUAUACCCAAUGGAAUGCGCCAUACAAAAAUGUUCAGAAAACCGAGUUAUUCACUUUACUCCCCCGUUCACAAAGGUCCCUGUUGUAACACUUGCAUUUGCGAUGAUGGAUGUGAAUCCGGAUCAUAAUGUGAGAAUUGCGUCAAACGUAUCAGCUGUAACAACUUCUUCCGCCACGCUGUCAGUAAAGACAUGGGCUGAUUCUAUUAUUUACGGAUCAUCCCUAAAUUGGAUUGCAUGCCCUCAUAUGUAAAUAUGUGAAAUGAAUAUAAAGAAUUAUUAAUAAAAUUACCGUA